CUUUUAAUCUCCGCUUCUCCUCCCCGCGCUUAUUAAUCCGUCUGUAACCCGACUUUCGCUCAUUAAUAAAAAGAAGCGCAAAAGAGCCCCUCAAUGGCGCCAUUGCUUCCAUUGAUAUCCCUCAAUAUAAUCCCCAAUUCCAAUUCACCGUCCUUCUAAACCAAUAUAUGCCUUCUACUGUCAACAUGGGCGAAGCACCCCCCGUCAAAGAGCAUCUCCUCAUCGCCUACGGCCGCGAUCUUCCGCAAUGGCUGAUCGACGAGACGCAGGCCAAAUUCCCCGAAGCCGAACUUUCCAUCCUGCAGCUGCCCAAUUUCGCGCCAAUUCCAGCUGGUCAGUGCUUGCUUCUCGAAUCCCUGCUCGCUCUGUGGCCAUCAUUAAUCAAUCAAAUUCACCAGAAAUCGCGCGCAAGACCACUCUCCUCGUCACCUUCAGCAACCUCCCCGCGCCGGAAGAUGCAUCCAAAAUCAAAAUCAUCCACUCCCUCUCCUCCGGUCUCGACCACCUCCUCUCCCACCCCAUCGUCAAAGAAACCUCCAUCCCUCUCACCUCCAGCUCGGGCAUCCACGGCCCCCCAAUCGCCGAAUGGACCAUCAUGAACUGGCUCGUCGCCUCGCGACGCUUCGUCUACACCCACGAAAACCAACAGAAACACAACUGGGCGAAAAACAUCGACUUCAUGAACACCGUCCAUGACCAAGUCGGCAGGAAAGUCGGGAUUCUCGGAUACGGAAGUAUCGGACGACAAAUUGGCCGCGUCGCCUCCGCUCUAGGCAUGCAAGUGCAUGCCUACACAGCCUCGCCGCGCCCGACCCCCUCCUCCAAGAAAGACAACGGCUACAUCGUCCCCGGCACCGGCGACCGCGACGGCACGAUCCCUGUAUCCUGGCACCAUGGAACGGACAAGGCCUCUAUCCACGAAUUCCUAUCACUGGGACUAGAUCACCUCGUGAUCGCGUUGCCGCUGACACCGCAAACAACCCGUAUGCUUGGGACUGAGGAAUUCGAGAUCCUGAGUCGUGGUGUAUCUGCGGAACGGCCACGUCCGUACCUUACGAAUAUCUCUCGGGGGAAGGUCCUUGAUCAGGAUGCAUUGAUUGAAGCGCUGAAAGGGGGAGUGCUGGGUGGAGCGGCGCUGGAUGUGGCGGAUCCGGAACCCUUGCCGGAGAAUAGUCCGUUGUGGGAGGCGCCGAAUGUGCAGAUCAGUCCGCAUGUCAGUUCGGCGGGGAGGGAAUAUAUUCCGCGGUCGUUGGAUAUUAUGAGGGAGAAUGUGGGGAGGUUGGAGAGGGGGGAGGAAUUGUUGAAUGGGUUUAAGAGAGGGAAGGGAUAUUGACCUCAUUGCUUAUGGGGUUGGAUGACUUCAUAU